UGAUUGAGUCCCGCCCGCUCUGCUGCCUCCUGGUGCCCUCUUCCCCCGCUCCCUGGCGGGGUGGGCUGUGAGGCCUUGACAGUCGAACACAGGCUGGUCCCGCAGCCCUGAGCGCAGAGAGGCGGAGGGUGGGUCCGCGGUCACGUGACCCAGCCAGCUGUUAGCAGGGGUUGGAGAGCCCGGAGUCUGGAGAUCGGGAAGCGCCGGACGUCGCCUGCUCUACUGCCGCUCCAGCCCUCGAUGCAGACGCAAUAACUCGCCCGCCGCAGCGCCCCCAACUCGGCAGUCUCAGCAUCAGCACCAGGACCCGGAGGGAGCCCGAAGCUUAGCAGGAUGUCUGGCGCUCCUCCAAGUUACUGUUUUGUGGCGCUGCCACCUCGAGCCAAGGAUGGUUUGGUGGUGUUUGGGAAAAAUUCAGCCCGGCCUAGAGAUGAAGUGCAGGAGGUUGUGUAUUUCCCGGCUGUUGAUCAUGAAGCGGAGAGCAAAGUUGAGUGCACUUACAUCUCUAUUGACCAAGUUCCCAGGACCCACGCCAUAGUGAUAAGCAGACCUGCCUGGCUCUGGGGGGCAGAAAUGGGAGCCAAUGAACAUGGGGUGUGCAUAGCCAAUGAAGCCAUCAAUGCCAGAGAACCAGCUGCUGAGACAGAAGCCUUACUGGGGAUGGAUCUGGUCAGGCUUGGCUUAGAACGGGGCACGACGGCCAAAGAGGCCUUAGACAUCAUCGUCUCCUUGUUGGACGAGCAUGGACAGGGUGGGAAUUAUUAUGAAGAUGCGCACUCCUGCCACAGCUUCCAGAGCGCAUAUCUGCUGGUGGAUCGUGACGAAGCCUGGGUGCUGGAGACCGUCGGGAAGUACUGGGCUGCCGAGAGAAUCACAGAGGGAGUGAGGUGCAUUUGCAAUCAGCUUUCGCUUACCACGAAGAUGGACGAGGAGCACCCAGAACUCAGGACUUACGCUCAGAGUCAAGGCUGGUGGACGGGAGAGGAUGAAUUCAAUUUUGCCCAGGUGUUUUCUCCAGCUGAUGACCACCUGGACUGCUGUGCAGGCAAAGACAGCUUAGAAAAGCAAGAGGAAAGUAUCACAGUGCAGACGAUGAUCAACAUCUUACGAGACAAAGCCAGUGGAGUCUGCAUAGACUCCGAAUCGUUCCUCACUACAGCCAGCAUAGUGUCUGUCCUGCCUCAGAACAGAAGUUCACCAUGCAUCCACUACUUCACUGGGACCCCGGAUCCUUCCAGGUCCAUAUUCAAGCCAUUCAUCUUUGUUGAUGAUGUAAAACUUGUCCCCAAAGCGCAGUCGCCCUGUUUUGGUGACGAUGACCCAGCCAAAAAGGAACCUCGGUUCCAGGAGAAGCCAGACCGCCGGCAUGAGCUGUACAAGGCUCACGAAUGGGCACGUGCUGUCAUCGAGAGUGACCAGGAGCAAGGCCGAAUGCUGAGGAAGACCAUGCUGGAGUUGGAGAAGCAAGGCUUGGAAGCCAUGGAGGAGAUCCUGAGCAGCCCCGAGCCCCCCGACCCUGCUGAGGUGGGAGACCUUUUCUAUGACUGUGUGGACACCGAGAUGAAGUUCUUCAAGUGAUGUAAGCGCCCUCGCCCUUACUUACAACUUCCCACCCGACUAAAUUACCAGCAGAGAAACGCUCUUCUGUUUGAGUAAAAUGAGACUGACCAUGUGGCCUCCUUGUGUCUAAAUGUUCCCUCUGUUCGGCUUAGCAACCCCCCUUUCACUGUGUAACUCCAUCCCUCAUGCCUCUUGCUCCAUUGUGUGAUAAGGACUUGAAGACAUUCUUGUAUUUCAGUGACAAUGGGCACCUUAGGAGAACGAGAGUUCCCUCAGCCUUGGUCAGGGCUGCAGGGCCACACUGGUGGGAAAGGCAAGAGCUGUGAAGGUCCUGGUCCCUCUCUAGCUAGGGGGUUUCUUCAAGGUUAACAAAAGACUUUUGUUCACACUGAAGGCUCUAAUGUGUGUAGAUGGGGGAGAAAACUCCCAGCUUUCCUCCACAAAGCACGAUCUUAUGUGUGGCUCACAGUCCCCCCAGGUAUGUCUUGGGAAAUAAAGCCAAUGGGAAUGAACCGAG